GUCCCUCUUCAACACCCCUACCUCUUUUCUAUAAAAACCAAUCUCUACCAUCCAUUUCUUUCCCUUCUUCUAUCAUCCUAAUCAACCUCACUUUCCUUUCACAUGGAUUCUCUCUCUCUCUCUAAUUAUAUGUUUGUAUGUGCACUUGUCCCUCUUUGACACCCUAACCUGACUUUUCAACUAGAACAAAUCAUUACCAAUCAUUCCUUUCCAUUCUAUUUAAGCUAAUCCACCACACUCUCAUUGACAAUCCCCAACUUAGCAAUUCUCUCUCUCUCUCUCUCUCUCUCAUAUUAAUUAGAAAAACUGUCAUUUGUUGUUGAUUACCUUGAGCUUUGUUCUAAAAGAGAGAGAGAACUGAAGAAUCAUCUUUGCACUUCUCUCUCCUCUGUUGGUUGUGAGCUUAUCUUUGCUUGGCUUCUCACACCAAUUUGUAUUUGUGAGAGAGCUUUCUCUUUCUUUUGGUUUCUCUUUUGCAGCUCUUCUUCUUGAUACAUUUAUAUAACUACAUUUGCACAUCAUGAAGAAAGUUUGUUGGCCUUACUUUGAUCCCGAGUUUGAUAGUCUCUCAGAAAGGAUAUACGGCCCAACUUGCAGAGUUUGCAUCGAUAACGAAAGCUUAGAAGACUGCACCGUAGUGAAGGUUGAUAGUUUAAAUAAGCAAGGUCUCCUUCUGGAAGUGGUGCAAGUGCUAACAGAUAUGAAUCUCAUCAUCUCAAAAGGCUACAUAUCCUCUGACGCCGGAUGGUUCAUGGAUGUUUUUCACGUCAAAGAUGCAGAUGGGAACAAGCUUGCCGACCAAAGAGUGAUAAACUAUAUACAGCAGGCUAUAGGAACAACAAGAGACCCUCCAAAACCAAAGGCCUACACCACCGGCAAGCCCCUCGAACCCGAACCACAUAGCGAACGCACCACCAUAGAAAUGACAGGAACAGACCGACCGGGUCUCUUCUCAGAGAUCUCAGCAGCCCUAGCCGACCUCCACUGCAACGUGGUCGAAGCCCACGCCUGGAGCCACAACGCCCGCCUAGCUUGCGUGGCCUACAUCUCCGACCAAUCCACAGACACCCCAAUCGAAGACCACCACCGCCUGGCCGCCAUCGAAGACCGCCUCACCACAGUCCUCCGAGCCACCACCAGCAGCGCCACCGCAGGAGGCAACUGCACGAACCAACAACAACGAGAAGCGAAGAGUGGAGGAGGAGGAGGGACGAUGACGAAUGUGGAGAGGAGGUUGCAUCAGCUGAUGCUAUCGGUUCGGGACUUUGAUAGGCCGUUGGCGAUGAUGGAGGUGGCAUCAGAGGAGGGGGGAAAGGCGAGUGUGUUGAUAGAGAGUUGUAGGGAGAAAGGGUACUCCAUUGUGACGGUGCAGUGUAGGGAUAGGCCCAGACUCAUGUUUGAUACAGUUUGUACGCUUACGGAUAUGCAGUAUGUCAUUUUUCAUGCUUCUGUGGAUUCUCAUGAUGGUUAUGCCUUUCAGGAGUACUUCAUAAGGCACGUAGAUGGGUGCGCAUUGAACACAGAAGGUGAGAAGGAAAGAGUUGUUAAAUGCUUAGAGGCUGCCAUAGAACGCCGGGUUUGUGAGGGGGUUCGAUUAGAGUUAUCUGCAAAACAAAGGGUAGGGUUGCUCUCCGAUAUAACUAGGGUUCUUCGUGAGAAUGGCCUUGCAGUCGUCCGAGCAGACGUAGCAACCCAUGGAGGGAAAGCAGUGAAUGCAUUCUACGUCAGAGACAUCUCAGGCAACGAUGUAGACAUGGAGUUUGUCGAGUCGAUGAGGAGAGAGAUGGGACCGAUCGAUCUAGCGGUCAGGAAUGAGAAGUCUCUGAUGCCGCCGAACACAGCUGAUCAUCAAAGGCCUCGUUUCUCCAUCAGUGAUAUAUUGAAAUCCAAGAUUGAACGAUUCUCUCACAACUUUGUUGCAAUCAAGUGAUGUGAUUAUCGUCAUGUAAAUAUGUCAGGUAGUUAAGAGAAUGGAGUUUUUGUAAAUGAAUAAUAAUCACACACACACUUGUUGUACUUGUACAUUAGUUUUGUUGUUUUUCCAUUAAUUAAUUGUUUUGUAAAUAAAGAAGUUCAAUGUCCAUAUGAAUUUGAAUUCUUCAAUGUUUCUAAAAUAUUGUAAACUAGGCUAAAUUUAUGAUCGGAGUAUUUAAUGAUCCAUAUUGUACUCGAAAAAGACCAUUAGAAAAAAUAGCUCA